AUGUCCUUCUUCUUUGGUCGAAGACAUUCGAUCUCCGGCGCGCCGCCGCUCCACGACGAUGCUAUGCCUACGACGCUGCGACGACGAAGCUCGCAGCCGCAUGUACGGCCACCGGCGACGGAGCCGCGCGCCCAGGGGGGCAUGUUUCAUGAGUUGUUUCGGAGGCAUCAGGAUUUGGAUCACGAUCAUGAUCAAGGUCGGGAGCAGGGUCAUGGUCAUGAGCGGGGUCAAGAUGGAGAGACGAUGAAGGGUGUUACGAAUACUGCUACUGCUACUGUUGCUGCGGGACAGGUUGAAUCGAGUCCCAACGAUAAAACCACCGCCUCGACAGAGCAACCACCGUCAGAAGAAGUCCGACGAAAGCCCACCGCGCGAACGAAAUCACACACGAAGCUCAGCACACCAUCAGCCGAGACCGAGCUGGCUCGAGAAGACACCGAGUUCCUGUUCUCCGGAGCCCCCGUGUUCCUGCUCGACAAGGGCCGACACUGCCACUGGUAUCUGCAGGUGAUCUUCCCAUUCGACGACCACGACCCGUUUAUCCAGAACCUGUGGGACCGGCGGCCGUUGGCGCACGCCUCGUUCACGCUCUGCACGCUGCAUGCCCAUCUGCCGCUGCCGGAUGGGUGGGUGAUUCAGGGCGAUAACACGCCCGUGCGGCUGGAGUGUUGGAAAAGAGCGGCGGCGCCGAAGAGGGCGAGCUUCGACGUGGGGAUCUUUGAGACGCCGAAUAUGCUGUCGAUGUAUGGUCGGGAGCCUGGGACGAUCGGGUCGUGUCACUUUUUGGAGCUGCCCAUCUGCGAUGCGGUGAGGUAUGUUGGGCCGGAGGUCCCGAGACCCAUGGCGGGUUAUAUGCAUCUCUCGAGCUUGCCUGCGUCUGCGGCGUACGAGUUGAUGGAGCACUAUCAGGACCCGUACUCGCGGUGCGAAGAUGGUACGGUGCAUGAUCGGAAAGAGCUGCUCUGUGAGGGCCCGUUGGCGUGGAGGCGGAUCGGCGUUCGAGAUAUCGGUUUGAGAACGUUGGUGGAGCGUCUACGCGAGCUGGCCGACGUGCGAGAUGAGAUACUGCAUGGGACCAAGGCGACGUCGAUCAUGGACCGAGAGUCGGUGCACGAGCUGUCCCGAGAGCUGUUCACCAACUUCCUCUACCCCCUGCCGCAUUUCAUGAUGCAAGGGAUCAACAACCCGCACGGGAUCAAGGCCCAGAUCAAGGCCCUUACGGUGGUGCUGGCCACGCCGGGGGCCUGGGCCAACUUCAGUCUGGCAGAAUGGAGAUUGCGCGCCGGGCAGUUGCUCUGGGAGGCUGCGCCGCAUGUGGAUGGGGACUUCUUGGACCCCAGCGGCUGCGACAAGCCGUGGGUCCACCCGACCCUGGAGCGCAAGUGGUACCUGGUUCAGAUGCUCCUGGCAGGUGAGUUGCUGCUCCGGUUGGACGCGACGGUGCGGGUGGGUAUCCUGGGGCACUCGAAUGAGCUGCGCCCCUCGAUGAGAGAUAUGCUGGACUUUGAUAGAACGCGAAACGGCAAGGUCGAUUGGGAUAUCGUGGUGGUGCGGCGCCUCAUGGACAGCUUCGACAUCAGCUAUGUUCCGGACGAGCCUGCCGUCGCACCUGACGAGCCCUCUUCUCCGUCGUCGCCAACUCACCAGAAGAGCGAACGCCAUCAUCAUCGCUUCUUCGAAAAUUUCAUCCAUAGAUCGGAACCUCCCCCGGUAGGACCUGUCGAGUCUUCCUGGAACUGCAAGCUCAUACCGUCCCGUGUGCAUCUGCAAAUGCAGGGACUAUUCGUGUUUGCCGACAACAUCGGCUGGCCCGGCUUGGAGACCGUAAAGGCCCGGCUUCAAUCCAAGAUUGGAGACGACCCGACUAAUCAAGCGAUCGUAGAUGUGUACAACACCCCUACUCAUAAUGUAGUGCCCGACGGCCUGGAGCUGGGAUCCAAUAUAGACGAGAUGUACAGUCGAAGCCCGUCUCGGCGACGAUUACUGCUGCACUGCGCCCAAGAUACCGGGGAGAUCGGUGGCUGGAUCACGCGAAGCUGGCUGUCUGGCUUCGUCAUGCCCGGCGAGAUGAUCAACCACUUACUGAUGGCUACAAUGUUAGAGAACGACCCGGAAGCCAUGGCUCAGCUGGGACCGGUCGUCAACCUGUACGGCGGGGUCUCGUACUCCGGACGAAGCUGGUGGAGCAAAGAAUGCAUCGUCGGCCGAGUCCUGGCCAGCUUGGACGGCACCAAAGAAUCCAUGGGAUGGAUCAGCAGCCCCGUUGUCCCCAAGGCCUCCCAGACAUCGGAAGACAUUCACAACAGCUGGUUCGAGGUCGUCGUGAAACCCGUGCCUCAGCUCACCGGCAAACCGCGCAUCAAGCAGGGCCAGAAACUGACCCACGAAUCCAGCCCCCUGCCCGUGCGAAACACCCAAUGCGGUGCCUUCUCGCUGCCCACCGACGGCCCUGUGGACGGAGUCAAGGUCACCUUUGAGGGCCUGAGCUUCUCCGGCCGUGACGGGCAGCAACCACUCCAGGGCAGCCCGCAUUUGGUGGCGCACAAGUCCUGCAUGACUGUGACCCUGGCCUCCGAGACCAUCAAACUGCCUCGCACGCUCUCCCUCCCACUGACAUACAACGUGCAGUUCAUCGCCUCGCACGAGUGCCGACCUCCGGGCGGAUUCAUCUCGUCGCCCAACACGCCCUCCGCGUCCUCAGCCGGCACAGGCACCGACACCAACUCCUCAUCCGCCUCGUCCAGCGGCUCGUCCCACAAACACCACCGCCUCCCGGGCCACCCGCUCUACCGCACCUACGCAUACAAGGUGCUCUCCCUCGACGCCCUACCCGAACCGUCCGCCCCCGAGACGAUCUCCCUGGACCGCAUGGGGAUGGGACGGACGCUCAGCCAUCACCAGCACCAGCACCAGCAGCACGAAGUGAUAGUGCUCGAUGCGCGCGGCUCUCGCGACAAGGAAACCCUCGCCAGGGCAUGGUGUGCGUCGGCGGGCCAUAACGCCAUCAUUGGCAGGGUUGGUCGGACAUGCCUAGCGUGCUGCAUCCGCGAAGCCUACGCCCUUAGCGUCAAAACGGUGAUUCGCGUCGGCGAGGGUCAUCCUAGUCGAACGCCCUCCGUCCAGACCAUCCCCGUCUAG